GUUUAAAGUAGAAAGGAGAUCGAUCGGAAAAUGGCCCCCGCUGAAUGCGAGGCAACUUACAAAGUACUGGUUCUAGGCGAUUCCAAUGUUGGUAAGACGUGUAUAGUCCACAGGUACUGCGACCAAACUUACUAUGACACCUACAUAUCAACUAUAGGUAUAGAUUUCAAGCAGAAAAUAAUUUCCCUAGAUGGCACUCCAAUUAAAAUGCAGAUAUGGGAUACUGCUGGUCAGGAAAGAUUCCGCACCCUAACGACUGCUUACUACCGAGGAGCAAUGGGAAUCCUCCUCAUGUAUGAUGUCACUAACCAAGAAUCAUUUAAUAACCUCACAUAUUGGCUCAAGAAUAUCGAAGAGAAUGCAUCUCCCGAUGUCAUAAAAGUUUUGGCGGGUAACAAGUGUGAUGCUGUCUCGCAGAGAAUGGUAGAACAAGAUAUGGGACAAAAGUUGGCUGAAAAUUAUGAUAUACCAUUCUAUGAAGUUUCUUGUAAGCAGAAUAUCAAUAUUGACAAAAUAUUCCUUACCUUAGCACGCCAUAUUAGGGAGCAGAGAUCAUACCAGCAAUUGACAGAGAGGGAACAUUACGACAGUGGCCAAAAUGGGAACAUCACCCUAGAUCUGAAGUCUCGUAUUCUAGAACAUACAUCUCUAAAGGAACCCUGGAAAUGUACUUGCUAACUGUUACUGAUCAACGACUACAAUGCUUGGGUCAGUUGGAGUGGCCCUACUGCUCACAAUGUAUUCUUAGCUCCCACCUUAGUAUGCAAGAGUGGCAAGGUGGUCAGUAGUAUGAGCUGUUGUCGACUGUUUUGUAUACAUAUAUUGUAAUAUAUAUAUAGCUUGCUCCUAAACACAUAAAUUUUGGUUAUUAUGGCUUUAAUGUUUAACGUUCAUAGUAAAAUUGUGCGAAUAGUAGCUCUUCUCUUUGUUAAAUGUUCAUUAGAACUUGAAAAGUUAACAAUAUCUUUUUAUCAGAAAAUAAUUACAUUGCCCCGCCUGUCUGGUCAUUUUGAGGGAAUAUGUUACUGAGAUUCAAUUUCAGAAAAAAAAAAUCAUUGAAAUUGUUAUUACAUUGUUUUAUUGUUAUUGAAUUGUACAGAAUUGAACUGAGUAGCCAAGCUGCUUAAUGAAUAAAUUGUGAUAGCUAAUCCUCUUUUUUUUUUUCUUUCUGUAGUUCAUGAGCUUCUUGUUAUUUUAUUUUUUAGUUGAAAUUCAUCCAUUAUUAUAAAUAUUAGUAUUAAACUGUGACAUCAGACUGUAUCUUGGGUUUGCCUUUGCCUUUGGUUCAAAUGGUGUCCGCAUUAAGCUGUGAAAAAUAUUGUGGCAUAAACCAUGUUCCGUAAUUGUACACGUUUUUAUCAAAAGUAAGUCCCACUUAAAAAUAAUUUUAAUUAUCAUUUAUACCAGCUAUUUUAUCUAGGUUUUCUUCUUACUUAUCUUAUCUGAAUUCAAGGUUUUAUUUACCAUGACUUGAGAUUGUCCAAGUUCAGUGUAAUCCAAGCUAAGAAUAGAUUCGUCUUCCCACUAAUCGCCUAAGCCUGUUCCUUUAGGUCUGAAUUGUCAAUAUCAUUGAGUGCCGACUUCACCUCAGAAAAUUUAUUAGGAAUAAUAAAAAUAUUUACAUUACAUCCAUAAAUAAUCUUUUCCCCCAGCAGGCAAAAAAAUGGAUAUCAUGCCACUUCUAUGUCCAUAUCAAAAGGAAACUAAUUAUAAGCAGUGCCACCUGGUGAUAAAACAAGUUAACAAGCCUAUCCUUCGCUAUUUAUGAUUUGAGGAGAGGGAAAGGGGAUGUCUCACUUUAUCUCUAAGAAAAAGUGAAGCCAAAAAGUAGGGAGUUAACUGUACCUCUGGAGAUCUGGACAUAUUCAAAUAUGUAGUAGAUUCCCUCCUUUUUUGAAAUUAACUUAAAAAAUUUUCUUUUCCUAGCAAAUUUAAAUAGAAUAUCAAAUGCAAUUUUUAAUAAUUUGGUUCAACAACAAUGAAAAUCCAUGAAUCUAUUCUAAAGAAAUUCAAACUGGAUCUCUUUAUUUUUAAACUGAUACAUUUUUAUAUAACUCGUAAGAAUUCUAAUAUACAUUAAAAUUUAUCAAAAGCGGAUUUAAUGUAAAAUUUAAAAAGUAAAUUGUUAACAGCUUGAUAGAUUUUACAGAUUUGAUCUGACCGUUUGGUGAAUUUUAUUUUUAAAACAUUUAAUUAUUAAGUUGAAUAAAAAUAAAAUAAAAUGAAAACAAUGGGGUUACCUCAUAUCACACCUCAUAUCAAAUGUAUUUUAGGAACCUUCAAUUUAUAUUUGAAUAAAUAAUUUGUACAUCACAUAAAAUUUAUAUAUUUCAAACAUAAAAUCAUAUUUAAUGAAUAUAUCACGUAAUUGUCCCUCUAAAAGUUGUCUCCCCCCA